UCCCCUAGAUGCUGGGGCAGCGGCAGAGCACCCGGGCCCUGGUGACCGGCCUGGCGCUGGAGCCCGCCAAGAUGGUGGAAAUUCCCUUCCAAGUGGAGUUCCCGGCCCCCAAGACGGAGCUGGUGCAGAAGUUCCAGGUGUCCUACCUGGGCAGUGCGCCCGUUGCCCGGCCUGUGGGCAUGGACGUGAUCAAUGCGGCCCUGGACUCGGCGCUGGCGGCCCCCAGUCGGGACCACUGGACCCCCAGCCACGUCCACGUGGCCCCCGCCACGCUCAGCGUGACCCACGCGCAG